GCUCUGUGUGACGGAGGCACCCCGUGUGGUGAUGAGCGUGACUUAGGACUGUGUGUUUCCUGUGGGGUCUGUGGUGUGUUUGUGAGGAAGAAAUGACUGCACCUGUAGGGGGCUGGAAGUGGGUAUGUGAGUGUGGCUCUGAGGAUUUGUGUUGUUCGAGUGGUUUUGUGUGUGUGACAGACUGAUGUGGUCGUUUACACAGUCUGGGAUGACUAUGUGACACACUGUCAGUGGUUUUGCAGUUGUGAGUGUGUGAUUGUGCUAUCCUGGUGUGUAUCUCCCCGUAACUGGGGGGUUGGUCCCUGUGGGGAGGAGUCUGAGCGGCUGCACAGGUGUGAUGGGCUCUGGGAAAGGGAGCAUGUGUGCCGUUGUGCUAGGCUUUCUCCUCAUGAAAUAGGAUAACCGCACCUGCCUCAGUGUUGGGAAAAUGAAAUGGGGUAACGUAGGUGAAGCGGGUUGUUUGUCUUUGACCCUGUGCAGAGGUAGGGGUGUGGUGGUGAAUGCUGGAGGAGUUUUCAGCUCUGAACUUGAGACUGGGAGUUUGUCCUAGAAGCUGAGGGUCUGGCCUCUCCCACUUGAGCAGCGGUGCCCUUGGUAGCCGAGCCACACACCUCCCUGCAUUGUCUAUUUCUGUCUUAGUGUGCUUUUGAAGGGAGGGUGGAGCCCACCCUGGCCUCUGGGACCUGUGGCUGGGUAUGGCUGGGUAUGGUUGUGUGUCUCCUUCCUAACCAGUGUAGCUCGGGGGAGAAAGAGCAUCAACUCUGGGACUCCUGGUCCCAUCACUCACUAGUUUUGUGACUUUGGGAGAGGUUACUUAAGUUCGCUGCACCUCAGUUUCACCUGCAAAAAACAGGGAUAAUAAUAGUACUAACCCUAGGCUUGUGGUGAGCAUUAAGUAGAAUAGUGCCUGACACAAGUAAGCAACAUAUAAAUGUUAAUUGUUUUAUUAACAUAAUAACGGCAAGGAUCCCAUAGCCAGAGAAUAAAAUUCACAGGAAGAAAAGCAAAGAGUUGAGCCCCAGAGUAAAGGUUUCAGGUUAACAGAUAAAAUAACCUUAAAGUCUAGGUCAGGGCUUAGAUUCAGAAUUUUCUAGUCAGGGUCCUGGGAGGGGAGACCAGGAACAGAGAAUCUUCCUGGAUGGAGAUGUCCCUAGGGAACCCGUGGGGUGAAGACUUGACCUGGGAAAUGGCAGGGCCCAAGGGGGAGUAUUUUCUAAUAACACAGGGGUCUGGAGAUGUCUCUGUGUCUAGACCAGCGUUUCUCAGCCUCAGCGCUGUGGAUACUUGGGGCCAGAUAAUUUUUUGUUUGAGGGAGGGGGUUGUCCUGUGUAUUGUAGGGUAUUUAAUAUUAUCCCUGGCCUCUUCCCACUAGAUGCUAGUAGCACACUCCCCUGCCCCAGUUGUGAAAGCAAAAGUGUCUCCAGACACUGCCAGGUGUCUUCUGGAAGGCAAAAUCUCCCCAGUUGAGAGCCGUUGGUGUUCAGGACCGUGGUGAGGGCACACUGUGGACAUUCCCAAGGCAUGAGGAUAGGGAGGAGAGCGAGGGGGCUGGAGGAAGGAGGUGAUAGAGGGGUGUUGACUGAAAUAGAGUUUAGGUGAUGGGAGAGAAGGAGUUUAUUCAGUAAUUGGCGUGAGGAGUUGGAACCCUGGGAAGACAGUUCCACAGAGGGCGCUGAUGGAACUGUUCCAAGGUGUGUGAGUUUAAGUGCAGCGUAUAUCUCUUUCACAAAACAGUGUACGUGUAGGGAAGAGGAAAAAAGUUACAGGGCUGGAUUGCAUAUAUGUCAAAAAGGGGUAGGGUACAUCUGGUUUUUCUUUAGGUUAUACGUUAAAGUUAACGUAUAAACAAGAAUUCCUUGGUUAUACAUCAGACAAGUUCAGGGAUGCUGGCGUUAUCUAUGUGUGGAGGGAGGCAAGGACCAGGGUCGUUAAUUAUUCCCUUAAUUCUAAGAAAUGCAGCUGGGAAAUGUGAGAGCGAGGUGCCCGUUAUCUCUUCCUGUUGCUGAUUCAUCCAGCUGGCGUCUUCAGUCCUGAGACGAGGGGUUGCGAGGUCAUUUGACACAGGCUGAAGAUGGGCUGCACAGCUGCCUCACACGACAGCACGGAUUAUUGUACUGACUUAAAGCCUAUGCAGUUUGCUUGCUGGAAUUGCCUGUUAGACCAGGGAGAGGGGUCCCAAUAAUCUGUCCACAGGAAUAAUGUUCCUGAGAUGAGAAGAAAGGGUGUCUGUGGCCUGCAGCCAGGUAGGCUCUAAGAGACAUUCACUUAUUCAGCGAUCGAGUGCCUGCCGUGGGCCAGGCACUGUGCUAGUCAGCCGACAAGACAGACGAGGUGGUGCAGCAAAAGCAGACUCUGGCUGAACGGAAGCAGUGAGACUGUGCCUGUGCACUAAAUGGCUGGCUUGCAGUGCUCAGUUCCUCGGAGAAAAUUAUUUUGUGGACAAGAAUCGUGCUUCUCCAGUUUGGGGCGCGUGGCUGAGCGCAGACAGCUGUGAGAAACCACAGGAUGGACAUGAUGCCACUUCCUGGUGCAAUCCAUCUUACCUGAGGAAUCAGAAGGGAAAAACCAAGUGAUGUACUUACCUGCCCCACGUUCUCAGCACACGGCCCCUCUCCAAACGCAGACCCUCAAGGGGCAGGAAAGGAUGCCUGCUGCACGAGGAAAAUCCAAGUCCAAGGCGCGAGUGACGUUUGGGGAUUUGGCCAUUUACUUCUCGCAGGAGGAGUGGGCAUGGCUGAGCCCCAUUCAGAAGGAAUUGUACGAAGAUGUUAUGUUGGAGAACUACCAGAACCUGGUCUCUCUCGGACUUUCCUUUCGGAGGCCAAAUGUGAUCACCUUGUUGGAGAAAGGGAAGGCGCCCUGGGUGGUGGAGCCAGUGAGAAGACGCCGGGAUUUGGACUCAGGGUCUAAAUGUGAGACCAAGAAGUUACCUCCAAAUCAGUGCAAUAAAUCUGGGCAAAGCAUCUAUCAGAAACCAGUUUCUGCACCACAAAAAGUUCCCACAGGAAAGAGCGGCUGCAAGAAAAAUUCAGUGCUAGUAAAAACCAAGAAAGUACAUUCAGGGAAGAAGUCUUUAAAAUGUAAUGACUGUGGGAAAAUCUUUUGUCAAAGUUUAUCUCUUAAACUUCAUCAAAACUCUCAUAUUGGAGGGAAGCCUUAUGAAUGCAGUAAUUGUAGAAAAGCUUUCAGACAGAUCUCAUCCCUCAUUCUUCAUCAGAGAAUUCACAAUGGAAGGAAAAGCCAUAAAUGUGAUAAAUGUGGGGAAAGCUUCAUUCAAAGAACAACCCUCAUUCUACAUGGGAAAGUUCAUGAUGGAAAGGAAACCUUUGACUGUGGGAAGGCCUUGAGUCAAUGCCCAUCUCUGAGUAUACAUCAGAAAAUGCACUUUGUUGAGAAUGUCCACCGGUGCAUAAAAUGCGGGAAAGCCUUCAGUCAAAUGUCAUCGCUUUUACUUCAUAAGAAAAUUCACAGUGGAAAGAAAAUACAUAAAUGCAGUGUAUGUCAGAGAGGCUUCAAUAAGAAAUCAGUCCUUGCGAAACAUAAAAGAAUUCAUACUGGAGAGAAAACCCAUGAAAGUGGGAAGACCUUAAGUCAGAGUCUACAGCAGAGAAGUCACCAUUUAGAGAAUCCUAAAUAUAAAUGCAGAAAAUGUGGAAAAUCCUUUAAUAGGAUUUCAUCCAUUAUGCUUCAUCAGAGAAUUCACACUUCAGAGAAACCCUACAGAUGUGAUAAAUGUGAGAAGGUCUUCAGGCGGCCUUCAACCCUUAUUCUACAUCUAAGACUUCAUGUUGGGAAGAAACUCUACAGAUGCAAUAAAUGUGAGAAGGUCUGUAACCGGCAUUCAUCCCUUAUUCAACAUCAGAAACUUCAUAAAAGGAAAAAGAAACUAUUUGAAUGUAAGGAAUGUGGGAAGAUGUUUUCUGGAACUGCUAACCUUAAAAUACAUCAAAACAUUCAUUCUGAAGAGAAACCUUUCAAAUGUAAUAAAUGUAGUAAAGUUUUCGGUCGCCAGUCAUUUCUUAUUGAACAUCAGAGAAUUCAUACUGGAGAAAAACCCUAUCAGUGUGAGGAAUGUGGGAAAGCCUUCAGUCAUCGCAUAUCUCUUACUCGACAUAAGAGAAUCCAUACUGAAGACAGACCCUAUGAAUGUGAUGAGUGUGGGAAGGCCUUCAGUCAGAGUGCACACCUUGCCCAACAUGAAAGAAUUCACACUGGAGAGAAACCAUAUACGUGCAAAACAUGUGGGAAGUCCUUUAGUCAACGCACAUCCCUUAUUCUACAUGAAAGAAGUCAUACUGGAGAGAAACCCUAUGAAUGUAAUGAGUGUGGGAAGGCCUUUAGCAGUGGCUCAGAUCUUAUUCGACAUCAGAGAAGUCAUUCUUCAGAGAAACCGUAUGAAUGUAGUAAAUGUGGGAAGGCAUAUAGUCGGAGCUCAUCCCUGAUUCGACAUCAGAAUUCACAUUCUGAGGGAAAAGCCUAAGGAGGUUUUAAAUAUAUAAAAGCAAAAAUUGAGGCAGAGGCAUGGAAAAAUGCAUUUGUCUAUAACAGAAGUUUUGGACCAUUUGUUGAUGUGUCCCACUUUGAAUGCCAAAGAGCAAAAGUCAUGGGUGACUUUUGACCUGAGCAUUUGAAAUCAGCUAAGGCAAUGAUGACCUAUCAUAGGUCUUAAUUUCAAAGUAGCAAGCUCAUAUGAUUGGAUCAGUCAUUUUUAUUGAAUACCAUUCUUCAUUUGGUAAGAAUCACUGAUAUUUUGUUUCCAGUGCAAGUUUCAAAGCUAUUUCAUUGGACAUAUACAGCAAAGUAGAAUUGUAAAGUCCAUUUCUGUGGAUGGGGCUUUGAGCCUGAUUUAAGGUCACAUGAAGAAAGAGUUUGAGUUUGUCCCUUAGAACUAGAACUAUCACAUAUAAGGGACUUUCUGGCAAACCAUGGUGUCAUUUUCAGCUGACAGAAACUUGUGCGUGAGUAUAAAGAAGAGUGAGUCUUUACGUGGAUAAAGAUAGCACUCAUAAUUUUGUGGAGCAAUAGAGUCAUUACCAACUGUCUCCAUGGAUGUGAAGAUAUAUGUUCUUCGUGGUGUGAAAAAUCUAAUAAGCCUGCGAUGGGCUAAUAGGGGAGAAAAAGGAUCUACUGAAGAACAAGACACUUCAGAGCAGGGAGAAAUCGUUAUUGUUUUAUUUGAAAAUAAAUUUGUCUAUAUUUAUAUGAAUAAACAUUGCUAUUUUUGUGUAAGAACACUAGUGUGCAAUAGGUGAUUGGUGGAGAAUGGAGUGUCAUGGACUGAAUGUGUCUCCCCAGAAUUCAUGUUGAAGUCUUAACCCCAAUGUGAUGGUAUUUGGAAAUGGGGCCUUUGGGAGAUAAUUAGGUUAGAUGAGGUCAUGAGGGUGGGGCCUUCAUGAUAGGAUUAGUGUCUUUAAAAAAAGGGACACCAGAGAGCUGGCUUGCUCUCUCUGCCAUGUGAGGACGUGGCAAGAAGGCAGCUGUCUGCAAGCCAAGAAGGUAGCUCUCACCAGUCUCCCUCCCUGCUGGCAUCCUGAUCUCGGACUUUCAGCCUCCAGAACUGUGAGAGAUACAUUUCUUUUGUUUAAGUCACCCAGUCUAUGGUAUUUUGUUAUGGCAGCCCAAGCUGACCAAAACAUCGGGGAAACCCUGGAUUUGUGUAUCAGGCUCUUUUCGUGUCAGCUGUUCAUCAUAUAUCAUAGCUUUCAGUCCCUCUUUCCAGCUUGUGCAAAAUAUAUAAGAAAUAAAAUCAGAGUUCUUUUUUGUAAUUGGGUUGUA